CUUCGGGGAUCGGGCUCUUUGGCUUCUGGCCUGGAGAGCUUCACUACUGGCAGUUUCCCGUGUUACUCAGUAUCCAGUAGUAGUCAUAGUUAGUUACCCCAGGCAUAUUCGAGGACAGUCUUUCCCCCUGCUGUUUCUGCUGUCCGCUCGUCUCCGGUGACCUGCGCGUUAUCCGGUCUUGGGAGCUUCCGCAGCUUGAUAAGCCACCCUUAUAAGAGAACCAGCUCCCCCCAACGAACACAUACUCUGGAGACUGUGGUAGACAAUUCAUUCAAGCAGCGUCUUGACAUUACUUUCUUCUCUGCUCCCUCUCGAGGUCACGAUAGAUAGACUUGGCUUCCUUCUCUCCCACUUGACUCCGUUACCCUGCUGUUCGUCAUGACUGCCAGACUUGCAUCGGCCCGCUAUGGGAAAGAUAACGUCCGUGUGUACAAGGUGCACCGUGACCAGGAGACAGGGGUGCACACGGUGGUCGAGAUGACUGUGUGUGUGCUGCUGGAGGGGGAGAUUGACGCCUCAUACACAGCGGCCGACAACAGCGUGAUCGUAGCCACAGACACGAUCAAGAACACUAUCUACAUCCUCGCAAAGCAGAAUCCCGUCACUCCCCCAGAGCUAUUUGGGUCCAUUCUGGGCACUCACUUUAUCGAGAGAUAUGCCCACGUCCACACUGCUCACGUCAACGUCGUUACGCACCGCUGGACCCGCAUGACCAUUGACGGCCAACCACAUCCGCACUCCUUCCUCCGCGACGGCAACGAAACACGCAACGUCCAGGUCGACGUCACCGAAGGCAAGGGCAUUCAGAUCAAAUCCGCCAUCGCGGGCCUUCUGGUUCUCAAGAGCACCAAUUCCCAGUUCUGGGGCUUUAUCCGCGACGAGUACACCACUCUUCCGGAGACAUGGGAUCGGAUCCUCAGCACGGAAGUUGACGCCAGCUGGGACUGGAAGCUCUUUGAGAACCUCGCUGCCGUCCGAGCUGAGAUUCCCAAAUUCGACGAGGCAUGGACUGCUGCGCGGGAUAUCACCCUCAAGACCUUCGCGGAGGAAAACAGCGCCAGUGUACAGGCGACUAUGUAUAACAUGGCAGAGAAGAUCCUCGCGGCUGUCCCGCUGGUCGAGACGGUCGAGUAUUCUCUGCCCAACAAGCACUACUUUGAAGUUGAUCUCAGCUGGCACAAGGGUCUGAAGAACACCGGCAAGGAUGCCGAAGUAUAUGCCCCGCAAACCAACCCUAAUGGUCUGAUCAAGUGCAGCGUCGCGCGAUCUGGCGAGAAGCGAGAAAACGCAAAACUGUAAUCGCAUACUAGAGACAUCUAGACGGUCCGGUAGUGGCCAGAAAGGCGUAUGACGGUAGUUGCAGCGUCUGCAUGGAACAUAAAGCGGCGUAGGGCAUUUUGAUUCUAGCAUUUGAGAUCUUUAUCUGUUCCUUUUUAUGAUACAUAAUGAAAA